AUGAAAGCCUCAAUCAUCUUCUUCGUAUCCGCCCUCCGCUCCCUGGCUGCCGCAGUCCCGAUCGACGACGUUGCCACAACGCUCUAUUACGGGAAGUGCAAAGCUCUAGACGGACCGGGUGAAUGCGUCUUCACAAACAAUGGAGAAUCCGUGACGAAACCGUGUGGUGUCAAUUACAAGUGCAAAUUCACAGGGGAGAACUGCCAUUACAACCCUACCGGAGGUCACGCCCAUUGCAACUUGUAG